AUAACAAACUAUGUUUUCAUGCGGAUGUGUCCUGCUUUGCGAUUGUUGCGAGCGAGAGAUCACUCCGCGACGCGAUUAGAACAAAAUAUUUGUUUUGAUCGGUUGUCGCGUCGCCCGUCGCUAGACUUCUGUUCAAUUCUUGCCAUCUUCUGAGUGUGUGUCUGACAUUGUGUCGAGAUUCUAUUGAGUGUACGUGUUUUAUUGUGUAAAGAUGUCGGAGUUUACAGAAUGUCUAAUUUGUGAAGUACAAAAGAGGAGUAUUUUGUGGAACAUGAAGGACAAUAACUACCACAAUAGGCAUGCUUCGAAUCGCGCAUGGGAAGCAGUGGCCAUUGCUUUGGGGAAAACAAGUAAGUUUAUUUGUAAUAGCGAGACUGUGAAAGGCAAAUGGAAAAAUUUAAGGGACACGUUUCGCAGGGAAUUGAAGAUAGUCCCUGGUUAUCGGUCCGGAAGUGACGGUGACCAAACCCCCAAAUACACUGGACAUUGGCCAUAUUUUGAAAGGAUGCUGUUCCUCAGAGGUGUAAUGACGCCAAGGCCUACUGAUUCUAACAUGUCAGUUACUGAUGAAGAGCGAAAUGAAAAUAACAUUGAUACCAUAACCCACGAAUCCGAUCCUGAUGACCCUGGUAAUUCAAUUCAAUCUCAUGUUGAUGAUGUUAAUGUCGGUAGCAAUUCAGAAGUUUCACGGUCCGUUAAAAAUCUAUAUACUAGCAACAAUGACCAGGUACAAACGGCACCUUAUAUAUCUAAAAGACGUAAAUUAACUGGUUCAGAGCAAUUUAAGGCUGAUAUUUUGGCCCUAGAGGCUAAAAAGAUUAACAUGCUCGAAAAAGACAGUGACCAGAAUGAUGACGAUUUAAAUUUCUUCAAGUCAUUGCUGCCACAUAUGAAAACUCUACCAGCAGUAAAUAAAUUAUUUUUCCGCAGUAAAGUUCAGAACAUGUUUGCUGAGGAAAUGAUGAACGCCAACCGGCCCCAUUACGCUACAUUUCCAAAUACAUUUGUUCGUACUACUCCACAAACGCCAGUAACUACGCCAGAAACUACUUCUCAUGCUACUACUAGUUCAGGAAGGACGCCAGCAAGUACGCCUGACGUAAUUGUACAUCAAGAUCUUAACACAGACGAGACUCAAUCUCAAUCUAUCUUGUUAUGGAAUUUAAAUUGA